AUGAAUAUUAGUAUAUUGGUAGAAAAUAAAAUGUAAAAAAUGUGUGUAUUGUCGUCGUCGACAACCGUUGUUGUUGCCACUGUAACGUCAGCUCAGGGUAACAAUGUUAUGUCGCUUUCAAUUUUGUACAAAUACCAAAGCCUAUAAUGUACUUUUACAUUACAUUUCAUUUAGCUGACGCUUUUAUCCAAAGCGACUUACAAUAAGUGCAUUCGACCAAGAAGAUACAAACUUGAAGAAAACAGAAUCAUAUAAGUACAUUCGGUUUCAUAGAGCCAAACCACCAUACUUAUGUUUAUGUUAAAGCAAUGACAACAACAUAAAGGGAUAGAAAGCUUGCUUGCUUUUUAGCUCUGCUUUGCAGUUAUGGGUCACUUCCCUUACUGCUUUCAACAGCAUCUGAUAUUGUUGGCGACCUUUAAAUACUUUUCUUUAACAAAUAUAUCAUUUUAACCUCAAACCUUUUCUAUUGAUAGCACCCAGCUAUGGCCUCCGCAUCUGAGAGCCCCAGCUCGGAGCUGGUGGCCCGGGAGAGGAGCGGACACACGGCUGUGGUCGAGGGGAACCUGCUGUAUGUGUGGGGAGGGUACAUGUCCAUUGCUGAUGAUGAAGUUUUCCUGCCUAGUGAUGAAAUCUGGGUGUACGACUUAGAACUGGGUGUAUGGGAAGUGUUUCACAUGUCAGGGGAAGUCCCUCCCUCUAUGUCUGGAUCCUGUGGCUGCUUACUAAAUGGACACUUGUACAUAUUUGGAGGUUGUGAUAACAAUGGACAGACCAAUCAGAUAUAUUGUGUCGACCUGACAGACGGCAAAUACACGUGGAAGAAGUUCAAUUAUGACAUUGGUUCUGCCCCGUCACAUCGAGACAAACUGUCCUGCUGGGUUUACAAGGGAAAGAUCAUCUACUUUGGAGGAUAUGGUCACAAACUACUGUCUAAUGUUGAUAGAACAAACAGAAGCUUUAUUAUAGAUAAAGCAUCAUGGGUAGAAGAAGUCUUCUGGGGAUGGAACAAUGAGGUUCAUAUGUUUGACCCCAUGCAAGCCAGUUGGAGUCAACCACAAACCCAUGGCCGUACUCCAGACCCCAGGGCCGCCCACGCCAGUGCCACAAUCGGAAAAAAAGGAUACAUCUGUGGAGGCAGAGUCAUGGAAACCAGAACGAGUGACAUUCACUGCCUGGACCUUGAAUCAUGGACGUGGUCAGAAAUAACGCCAGGCUCCUCCAUUCCAGUGGGCAGAUCGUGGCAUUCGCUCACAGCAGUUUCAGACAGCAGCGUGUUCCUGUUUGGAGGUCUCAGUGUAGACUAACCAAUGAGUGAUGGAUGGUUGCUUGAUGUUGAAACAAAGAUAUGGAGAGAAGUCGAGCAUCCCUUCAAGAAUAAGCCACGGUUAUGGCACACAGCAUGUCCAAGCAAAGACUCUGAUGUGAUCGUAUUUGGUGGAAGUUGUGACUACAUCCUCCUAAUUGACAAUAGUCACUGCAAUGACGCCCUUGUCUUCCAAACACAGCCAUAUCCUCUAUUCAGGAUUUGUGAGGAUUACAUUGCAAAGAAUGUGAGGAACAAUGAGACACUCAGAAACCAGCUUUCUUUCCUACCUCCAACACUACUGACGGCCGUACGGAGGAGAAUGUCUUACUACAGGCCUUCAAAGAGGCUGAAGUAUUAGUUUAAAGAAUGUCUUAAUUGCCAAGAACAAUGCAUUGGCACACCAGUACUGUACUCUCUUCAGUAUGUACAUCUCAGUCGCACUGUGGGGUAGCUUUUUAAUUUUUUUAAAAGUGUGCCAAAUAUUUUAUGGUGUUUUAUUUUAUGGUUUUAGAGAUGCACAUUUUAUUUUGUACAGUUUGCCUGCUGAAAUACCCUUAAAAAAUGUUCCUGUGAUGAUUAAAGGGCGCAUCAAACUGUA